AUGUUUUAUUUCCAGCUGGUCAUCAUGGCAGGGACCGUGUUGUUGGCAUACUACUUUGAGUACACGGACACCUUCCCAGUGCACAUCCAGGGUUUCUUCUGCUUUGACAAGGCUUACUCCAAGCCAUACCCGGGACCAGAGGACUACAGCAAGGCGCCGCCCGUUCUUGUCUACUCUCUGGUUACCGCCAUCCCCACUGUGACGAUUCUGAUUGGAGAAGUGACCAGUUUCUUUGUCAAGUCAGAGGGAGCUCAGGAGAAGACCAUCGUGACCGCAGACUGCUGCUAUUUCAACCCGCUUCUCCGCAGGAUUGUACGCUUUCUGGGCGUAUACUCUUUCGGUCUCUUCACAACCACCAUCUUUGCCAACGCGGGUCAAGUGGUUACGGGGAACCAGACACCUCAUUUUCUGAGCGCCUGCAAACCAAACUACACGGCGCUUGGCUGCCAGUCCUCGCUUCAGUACAUCACCGAGCAACGCGCCUGCACAGGGAACCCUUUCUUGGUGGUGUCCGCCCGCAAAUCGUUCCCCUCCAAAGAUGCGGCGCUCAGUUUUUACUCGGCCAUCUACACUGUGAUGUAUGUGACCCUGGUUUUCCGCACUAAGGGGACCCGUCUGACCAAGCCAACCUUGUGCCUAGUGCUGCUAUCGCUUGCCGUGCUAGUGGGCGUGGUGAGGGUGACGGAGCACAGGAACCACUGGAGCGACAUCCUGGCUGGGUUCAUCACCGGCGGAGCCAUCGCUGCCUUCUUGGUGUCUUGUGUGAUCAACAAUUUCCGGCCAGCCCAAACUGCGACGCAGAACACUCGGCCUCCAGCGCCGCAAACUUUGGAGACGCCAGCCGGAAUUCCUCUGCUUAGUUUGCCCCGUGUUGAGAGUCCACUCGAAAAGCUCCAGGGCUACCAUAUUCUGAGAUCACAUGACCAUCAGCCAAUCCCGCACCCCACCCCCGUGCACCACCCCUUGCGGCGGUGCCUCACCAGCUCAGUCUAG